AUGAAGAAAUACAAGUUCUUCCAAUUGAACUCGCUAGGAGCAGUAGUGAACAGCAACAGCUUGGUCAGACCAAUAAAUGAUCUAUCCUCUCCGCAUUACAACCCCCUAACUCCCUUGGUGAACUCAUUUGUAGAUAAGCUAGAUUAUGCUACCAUGUGGGAUAAUUUUGAGUGUGUCUCAAAAUUCCUCCGUAACCAAGAAAAACCAAUCUUACUGGCCCUCUUUGAUUGGGAGAAAGCAUACCAGCAAAUACCGACUGCUAAAUCCCAAUGGGCCUACCUCAUGGUACGCGAUUUCAAUUGGGGUAUUCUGAUUGAUACUAGAAUAGCCUUUGGAGGUGUGGCAGGAUGCGGCUCAUUUGGCAGACCAGCAGACGCAUGGAAGGACCUCAUGCUACACAAAUUCAACCUGAUCACUGUAUUCCGUUGGGUAGACAAUAAUCUGUUUGUAAAGCAUCGAGACUGCUGUAACAAUGGAGCAGAUUGUUGUGCAAUCAGAGAAAUUGGGAGUUAA